UUACUUUAUUAAAAGUAAAAUUAAAUUAAAUAUUAUAAUAAAAUUAUAAUAACAAUCUAAAAUUAAAUCAUCAGAGUCAAUUCCAUACAAGAUAUUGUAUGGAAAAAAAUUCUUUUAAAAUUAAAAGUGAAUCGAAGAUAAUUUUGAAUAGUGUCAGUGAUAUAUUUUAGAAUAAUGUGGACAGUAGAAGAAUCGAUAAGCAGAAUGUUGAUCGUAAAUGAAGAAACGAAAUAAGAAUUUCACGUCGAUCAUGUCCGAUACAUGUCGGGAAUCACAGCACCUGUGGAACCUUGAGGCUUUUACCAUGUUCGAAAAGCGGACGGAGGGACAAACUUCGCCUCAAACUAUCAUACAUCGGAUCAAAAUUCAUCCGUGUAACGUACCUUCUGGAACGUCUCCAACGAAUCGUCUCGAGAAUCUUGGUUAAGCUUCGAAUCCGUACAAACCAACUUCUCUCUUCUCUCUCCGACCAAUCCCAUUUCGCUUUUCAACUCGCAUUAUCCCGCUAAAGUGUUUGACUGGAAACCAUCAAACUGUGGAAUGGAGCUUCUAUCAACAUCUAACCCGCAUAAACCCUUCGAUAUCCCCCGUUAACAAACUAAACCAAACUUCAUUUCCGUUCUUCAAUGGCCUGCCAGGAUCUCUCUCGCAGCCUCCUCGUCGAGGUCGUCGAAGAAGCGGAAGGGAGAACGGAGCAGUGGUUCCGUUCUCGGUAACGUCGAAAUCUCGUUUAAAAAAAAAAAAAAAAAAGAAGAAAAUCGUGCGAAAAGAGAGGAGAUCGAAAAAUGGAAUUAAUCGAACGAUUACAGCGAGGGAGAGAGAAGAUGGAAGCGAACGAAACGAUGGAAGAUGGAUCGGUGGUGAAUACGACCGAUUUACCCGAUCUUUCGAACGUUUUCGUCGAUACCGGUCAAUCGAAUCAUUCCUCCAACUUAUACGAGGAGAAUAACGAAUUGGAGCACGUUAUUCUUUUAACGGUGAAAGCCACCGUGAUGGGUUUCAUCAUUCUCUGCGCCCUGUUCGGCAAUUUAUUGGUGAUCGUGUCCGUGAUGAGGCACAGGAAGCUUCGCGUAAUUACCAAUUACUUCGUAGUCUCGUUAGCGUUGGCGGAUAUGUUGGUCGCCAUUUUCGCUAUGACGUUCAACGCGUCGGUCGAACUCUCUGGAAGAUGGUUGUUCGGCUACUUUAUGUGCGACGUGUGGAACUCGUUGGACGUGUUUUUCAGCACCGUUUCCAUACUUCAUCUGUGCUGCAUCAGCGUGGAUCGUUAUUACGCGAUCGUACAACCGUUGGACUAUCCGUUGAUCAUGACGAAUCUUCGACUGAGCACCAUGCUGAGCGUGGUUUGGUGCUCGCCAACGGUUAUGAGCUUCCUGCCGAUAUUCGCCGGAUGGUACACUACCGAGGAACACCUCGAGUACAGAAGAAAUUAUCCGGACGUGUGCGUGUUCCAAGUGAACAAACCUUAUGCCGUGAUCAGCUCCAGUGUCAGUUUCUGGCUGCCCGGGAUCAUCAUGAUCGCGAUGUAUUACAAGAUUUAUAAGGAGGCUGACCGUCAAGAGCGGAUGCUGUAUCGGAGUAAAGUAGCAGCCGCUCUUUUGAACAAGCAUCUGCAAAUCAAUGGCAUUUCCGCCGGUUUGGCCACACUUCCGACGGUGGAUCAAUCGCCGGAUCCGCAACCAGAGGAGCCACAGAUCACGAGCAGCAGCAAAAUGAGAAGAGAACGAAAAGCUGCGAGAACGUUAGGAAUUAUUAUGUCAGCGUUUCUAGCAUGUUGGCUACCUUUUUUCCUAUGGUAUAUCAUCACGUCUCUGUGCGACAGCUGCGAGAGCAGCGACUCAGUGGUGGCGGUGGUAUUCUGGGUAGGGUACUUCAACAGCGCGCUAAAUCCACUCAUCUACGCCUACUUCAAUCGUGACUUCCGGGUCGCGUUCAGAAAGACGUUGAAGAGCUGUUGCGUUGCCCUACGUCCGGUUCGCGACCUACGCCAAGCUCAUAGGAAGCAGGAUCUCGUGCACAGUAACGCGUCCUCGGAAUUACACGUGAAUAAUCAACUGAGAGCCAGCGAGAUGACGAACGUGCACAUCGAGGCGUGCAUCUGAGUUUUCAGCCAAGGACACACUCGAACUUUCGAAAUGAAGAGGAAGAAAAAGAAGAGAAAGGAUCUAAUCUUCGUUAAAUUUAAGACGAUCGUUCGAUCGACGACUGUUGCAAAUUUUUGAUUCGUGUACAAUUAGAGAUUUUACGAAUUGACAUCUCCAAUC